AUGGCGGGAUCGAGCUCCAAGCCUGCCCGAUACCUCAGCCCUACUUCCACCCACGACUCGGAAUUCAGCGGGCAAUCGCAAAGGCUAUCAGGAAGUUUUCCUCAGUGCUCGCCUAUCGACCGUCAAGAUGCGCUUUGGCCUCGAGUCCGAAAACCCUCUGGUGCACAUUCCCAAGUCGUGGAGGAGUUAGGAAAACUCAACCAGGAUAUAAAAAAGGAGCCUAGAGGAAGAAUAUCCCCGGAUCAGACCAAGAAGAAACAGAAGAUUGACAAGGAGCACUGGGACGAGGCCAUAGCGCCCGUUGUGAAAGGUUUCGCGGACCUCGGCAUCGAGAUACUCCGCGAGAGAGAUGAAAUAGGAAAAGGAGGCAUUUCCGGUGAUCCCCUGGACUACAGCAAGUGGUAUGUCGUGGAAGACGAUUGGAUAUACCCAGUCGUCCCAUGCGUCCAGCCCAAGGCAUCCAAUGUCCGCGACCAUUGGAAGCGCUGCAGCACCAACAUCCACUUUUCGCUCGAUCCUCACGAGAAGAUUCCUCUCGACAAGGCCAAGCGCAUCGCGAUGGCUGCCAUAUACUUCGAGCCCGCUAUCGACGAUCUCAUGGUCGCGCUGCCGGCUACUGGGAAAGACAAGGACAAGUUCAGGCCCGGAGGCUGGAAACGCGCCGAGGAGUGGACGUCCAGCAACGUCCAAGAGACCAUCGAAGACCUCGCUAAGUUAGUGUGUCUCAAUAUCGGAAGAAGAGGCGGCGACCCUUACCGCAAGAAUUACAAAUGGAACUUUAGCGGCCUCAAAUUCAAGACCAUCGAGUUCCGCCAGAUGCCGCCGAUCAUGGAUCGAGAAGCUCCCGUGGACUGGGUCAACUUCACGAUGGCGUUCGUGAAGUCCGCCAUCGCGGUAGACCCCAACAGUCUCGACGCCGACGCUUCAAUACCUAGCGUCGACAUCGAUGGUAGCAGGAAGGCAUUUGCGGCGUCUUAUGGGUUGACCAGUGCCCCCUCCAACAAGGCAGACCUGGAAAAGUUCUUGGACGGGCAGGGGCUCGACCCCGAGUUCUGGAAAAGGAUGCGCGAGCGUAAGACAAAACUCCAGAAUGAUAUGACGGGUCCGGAAACUUUACAAAGCAGGCAGCGCAAGUAG